AUCUUUGAAUACAAUAAUAGUUUUAAAUUAUAUACAAUGGCGGACGAAAGCAUUACUCGCAUGAAUUUGUCAGCUAUCAAGAAAAUUGAUCCAUACGCAAAAGAAAUUGUCGAUUCGUCAUCACAUGUUGCUUUUUAUACCUUCAAUUCGGAGCAGAAUGAGUGGGAGAAAACGGAUGUUGAAGGCGCUUUUUUUAUUUACCACCGCAAUGCGGAGCCAUUUCAUAGCAUAUUCAUUAACAAUCGACUAAACACGACGUCAUUCGUGGAGCCAAUAACUGGCAGCUUGGAGUUGCAAUCGCAGCCACCAUUUCUGCUAUACCGCAACGAGCGGUCGCGCAUCCGUGGCUUCUGGUUCUACAAUAGCGACGAGUGCGAUCGAAUUAGCAGCCUUGUAAAUAGUUUGCUGCUAAACAAAGCAAGUAACGGGCAGCAGCAGCAAACGGCAUCAAUAUCGUCAGGUUCUAAGCCAGCUGGUAGCUCGAGUAUAUUUAACAUGCUCAGCCAGGCGCAAAAGGAAUAUAAUGCCCAGUUAAACAACCAGACGCAGCCUGGACCCACAGUUAAUCAGCCAGAAAACGUGACUUCGCGCAAUGUUAUGAAGUUCUUCGAGUCUGCGAAGCAAGCAACAGUGGACUUACAGUUGAAUCGACCGCAGCCUCUUUCGGUAGAUCAGCUAGAAAAGCAACAGCGAUCUGUGACGCCCAUCGAGGCCUCUACAAGGGAUAGCGAAUUUGUUGGCUCUUCGCAAUGUCCACUAUCACCAUUUUUAACGGCAACAACAUCGUCUGCCGCUCGAAAUACAGUGGGCAAACCGAACUCUUUCCUAAGUGAGCUUAAGUUUGAUAAAAAUAUAGAUGAAUCACCAUCAGGAUCGGCAUUGAUUUCAACUGAUGAAGCUGAACAGUGUCUCAGAAGGCUACUCGUCGGUGAUAAGCCGGAACCCAAGCCGGCGCUGAUGCCGCCGACUAUGUUUGAUGUGCCCAGUGUCAAAUCGGAGCCAGAUCAACCAUAUUUUCCACUUAACUCUGCGCAAUUUGUGCAGGCCUUUACUUACCUUAUUCAAAACGACAAGGAAUUUGUUAAUAAGUUGCAUAAAGCCUACAUCAAUGGCUGCUCUAAUUCAUUGAUUGAUUCUAAUACAACAUAUCAAUAAAAAUUGUAAUAUUUUGUCGAUAAAGUUCAAAAG